GGUCACGUUUCAUUGACAUCAAGUUGCAGCGCACUGCAUUGCCCAUUCUGCCCCGCGUCAGCCAUGCCGCCGUCCUCUCUCCGAUGGGACGAGUCCCAAAUGCCCUCGCAGCAUGGCCGCUUGGUUGUCGUUACAGGCGCCAAUGCUGGCUUGGGUUUUGCCACCUCCCUGGCCUUCGCUCGUGCUGGGGCACACGUGAUUCUGGCAUGCCGCAACGAAAGUCGCGGUCUCGAAGCGCAAACGCAGAUUAAUGGCCAGAUUCAGGCCGACAAAGCCACUGAAAGCGCCAUGGGCGUAGUGGAGUACAUGCAGCUGGACGUCGGCUCGUUGCAGAGCGUGCGCGACUUCGCGUCAUCCUUCAAGACGCGUUUCUCGGGACAUCGACUCGCCAUUCUGGUGCUGAACGCUGGCGUUAAGGCCGUCGAGUACGGCGAGACCGUAGACGGCUUCGAGCAGCAGUUCGGUGUGAAUCACUUGGGACAUUUUGCUCUCACAGCGUUGUUACUCCCAGUCAUGAAGAUGGGUGUGGCAGGAGCUGCUACACCAGCGCGGGUCGUGUCGAUCAGUAGCAUUUCUCAUCACGGCAGCUCACUGGACAUGAAGCAACUGAGUGUGAAGCCUGAAAAUUACGACGCGAUGGGCGCGUAUCGAGCCUCCAAACUGGCCAAUUUGCUGUUUGCCUAUGAGCUUCAUCGACGACUGGAAAAGGCAGGCAUUUCGCCCAAGCAAGUGCUGUCAGUGGUGUGUCACCCUGGUGUCACGGAAAGCAACUUGUUACCCAACCUCGCGAGCACUUACAACUCCGUUAUCAUUAAGGCUAUCAUCGGCUUUGUCCACUGGCUGCCAUGGGCGCAGAGCAAUGCUCAAGGCGCACUCAAUAUCUUGUGUUGUGCCACAGAUCCGAAUGUUGUCAGUGGUGAGUUUAUCGGACCUCACGGAUUGAGUGAGUUCUACGGUUGGCCGCGGACGGUAGCAUCGAGUAAGCAAAGCAUGUCACUGGACGACGCCCGUGAACUUUGGGAGGAGAGCGAGAGACUGACGGAAAUUAAGUUCUCCGUUGACGAAUAAACCAAAGAAUUGUUAUUGACAUUUUGAAAGUUAGCACAACAAAACUUCGUAAAGUGUCGAAGUCCGUGUAUAUACAAUGAACUUGCUCAUUCCAGU